CGCAAGUAGUGCUUUGCUGGAAAACCGAUCCUCCGCUGCUGCUGGGUUCCGUUCGCUGGUGCGGUACGUCCUGUCGCCGCGCACGAUGGAUGUCGAUGGCUGCUAACUGCAUUGCCGAACCGUGACAAAAACGUCGACGACCGACAGGCUCCAAUGACAGCUAGACGACGGCGCUCGUUGGAGUCCCCAGCGGUUUAACUCGCGGGAUCCGGAGACCGACAGCCGCUCAGCUGUUGGGCAUCACAAUCGGCGUCGCGGCACGCAUCCCAGAGGUCUGUGAGGUGCUUUGAAAUUGUAACUGACCGACUACACCCACUGCCAGCAUGGCAACGAAAUAUGCCAAUUUCAGCUCCGGGUCCGGAAGCGGUGGAUCCUCAAACGCAGAAUUUCAGAGUCUGUCACAGACGAUAGGAACAAAUGUCCAAAAAAUCAGUCAGAAUGUGGGUUCUAUGAAAAAGAUGGUGCAGCAACUGGGGACUUCACAGGACUCCGAGUCACUGCGCUCACAGCUGCACCAAAUCCAGCAGUACACCAACCAGCUGGCCAAGGACACCAAUGCGCAGCUCAAGGCGCUGGCGGCCAUGCCGUACGGGGAGCAGGGUGCUGGCCGUCUACUGCGCGAGAAGCUCACCAACGACUUUUCCGAGGCCCUGCACCACUUCCAGCUCGUGCAGCGAGCCGAGGCCGACAAGGAGAAGGACUCGGUCAAGCGCGCCCGCGCCGCCUCUGGCAUCGGGUUUGAGUCGUCGAGCAGUCGGGGCGGUGCAGGCAACCUGAUUGAGUUGGCUUCGCCGGUGCAAGCGCAGCAGCAGGCACAAAGCUUUGCCCAAAUGGACGAGCAGGUCAACAUCGAGAUGCUGAGGGAACGGGAGCAAUCCAUCCGCAAGCUUGAGAAUGACAUUGUGGAUGUGAAUGCGAUAUUCAAGGACCUUGCAACGCUGGUUCACGACCAGGGAGACAUGAUUGACAGCAUUGAAGCCAAUGUUGAGAGUGCUGCAGUGCAUGUUGAAGAAGGGGUCCAGCAAGUUGCAAAGGCGAGACAGCAUCAGGAAAGAGCUCGGAAGAAGAUGUUUUGUCUGCUUAUGAUUGGCGUUAUCGUGCUGGCCACACUGAUAACCAUUAUUGUAGUGUCCGUCAAGAGUUAACCGGAGUGAAGCAGCAUUGCAGGGAGCCUGCCUGUCUGGCUGUGUCCAAGUUUGUGAAAGGACAUAAGGGGGAGCAAUGAAGAAAAAAAAAAAACAGCCUUCACAUUUCAGCUUGAAGAUCUUCUGUCGACAACCCGAACUAGCUUGCGGCUCGCUAGUUACCGGCCAAGGAAGUGUCAGCAGCUGGUUCUGAAACAUUCCACGCAGAGGAUAGUUGUCCUAAGAGAUCUGAGCUUGUUGGAGUUUGCAGCUAGAAAGGACAUGGCACGAGCAGAGGUUUGCUUAGUUGGCACGCUGAUUCCUACUGUUGUUGUGGAGCCAAGUCACUUUGGAUGCGAGGGAAAGCUAACUGUGCACAGGUCUACCCUUCCCAUCAGCCGUAUUUGUUUUCUCUGUUUCUCUCUUUUUUUUUUUCCUUUCCUUCCUCGUCUCGUCUAUUGGCCUACAUAGCCAGUGAUGUACAUACACUAAUAUAUUGUGGUUGCCCAGACAAGGGUGCACCAUGACCCUGUUUGAAGUGACAAAUAAACAGUAUGCAGAGAAA